CUGCUCUGUGCGCCGCUCGCAGUCUGCAGCAGCAAAGUGACCGGAGGAGGACAAGUGGAGAAGGAACGACUCUGCUGUCCGCUUUGCCCGGUUCCCUGGCUGCCUUUUCCCGGGCACCAUGAACGCUUUCGGGUCCCAGCAUGGGCUCAACUCGGGCCAGAGGGUCGGCUCCAGGAGCGACCUCGUCGGCGGGGGGACCUUCCAUUACGCACGGAGCGACGUGGCGAGCGGAGGCCCCGGUAAUGGACAUGCCUUCGGCGAAGGAUUCAGAAGCAAGACCCUAAUAACGAAGUCGGUGAAGGGGGGAGGGAGGAUGAGCAGCACCCUGGGGAGCGCCUCGAUGAGCGGAGCAAGUUACGCCAUGAACGUCACCAACAAAGCCAAACAGCAGCAAGGCCUCUGCCAGGAGUACCUGAUGAAGGCUGAACAAUCCCUGCAGGCCGGCUCUGGUGAUUCAGAGUACUUCCUGGGCAUGGCAAGAGAUGCACUCGAGAGGCUAAACACCAGCGCAGUCGAGAUGGGUCAAUUGGGACUGUCCAAUGACAAUGCACUGAGGAGCGUUGACCUCCUCAAUGGGCAUUUGAAGGAGCUCUACGGUGCCAUGUCUAACACCAUGGGGAGAAGGAAGUCCACCAGAAAGAGCUCUGGAGGAGGAGAAGAACGGGCAAGGAUCUUGAUGAAUGAGGCUCUAGCUUGGAUUGCUACACAAAAGCGUAUGAUUGAAACAACUAUUUGGGCCGAUGACCCUUCAGCCAUCCAACAGCAGCUCAUCAACCACCAGAGGUUACACGCCUCGAUCCAGGGGGCCCCUGAGGUGCUCCGGGCAAUUGAUGAGUUGAAAAGAAGCAACGACAAACCCAACCAGUACACCCUGGAACAGGAGUGGGAUAGUUUAAAGAAAAUGUCAAAUUUGCGGACUGAUCAGCUGCGAGAGUUAUCAGAAAUAGUCAACAACAUAUGCGACGAGAUCAUGUGGGUGAACGACAGGGAGGAACAGGAGCUGAUGUUUGACUGGGGGGACAAGAACAUAGAAGAAUACAUCCCCAAGAAGCAGGAGAGCUACUCGAGACUGAUGAAAGACCUUGAGGAGAAAGAGAAGGAGCUGCAUAAAAUCGGUGCUACAACAAAAGCGCUUUUAAAGAACAACCACCCGGCCUCCGACAAGAUUGAGGCUUAUAUGGAAACCCUUCAGACUCAGUGGAGCUGGCUUCUUCAAAUUACAAAAUGCAUUGACACUCAUCUGAAGGAGAAUGCGGCUUACAGCCAGUUCUUCAAAGAGACAAAUGCAACAAUGAAGGCUUUGCACGAGGAACACGAGUUAAUCCGAAAGUCAUUCGUUUGUAACAAGAACACGUCUCUGGAUGACCUAAAGGAGCUCCUUAAAGGCUUGGAGAGGGAAAAGGAAAAGCUCAUGGACCAUAAGCGGCAGGUGCAACACCUGACCGCCAAAUCAAAGAGUAUCGUGAGGUUGAAACCCCGCAACCCAGAGGAGAAAGGCUGCAGUGGCAUCCUUGUCAAAGCUCUGACUGACUACAAACAAGAUCAGAAGGCGAUCCUAACAGGCAACGAGGCCAUCCUGAAAGACAACAGUCAGCGUAGUAAAUGGAAGGUAAUAGGCCCAGGAGGACUCGAUAUGUUGAUACCUUCCGUGUGCCUGAUCAUCCCACCUCCCAAUCCAUUGUGUAUCAGCCUCGCUGCCAAGAAUGAGCAGUAUUACGAAGCCAUCAUGUCUAUCUGGCAUCAGCUGUACAUCAAUGUUAAGAGUCUCAUCGCCUGGCAAUACUGUCUGAUGGAUAUUAAGUACAUCAACUCCCUCACCAUCUCUAUGUUGUCCAAAAUGCGUCCGGAGGAGUAUCGUCAAAUCUUGAGGAAGCUGGAGGCCCACUACGAGGACUUCAAAGUCAGCAGCCAUGACUCUGAGAUGAUUGCUGAUGAGGACAAGAGAAACAUGGAGGACCAGGUUAAUGGGGCCCACAACCAUUACAACAAGCUGGUGGUGGAGCUGCCUACACACGUUUCACAUCAGGAGCAAACAGAAGUACAGCAAGUUUCUGAGCAACACGUUCAAGUUUCUGAGCAACAAGUUCAACAGCACAUGUACAUAAUACAACAGCAGCCUCAACAACACCACCAAGUACUACUGCUACAACAAAACCCGCAACAGCAACAACUACUACUACUACAACAACAACAACAACAAGAGCAACAGCGGCUACUACUUCUACAGCAACAGGAACAAGAGCAACAGCGACUUCUACUGCUACAGCAACAACAACAGGAACAAGAGCAACAGCGACUUCUACUGCUACAGCAACAACAACAGGAACAAGAGCAACAGCGACUUUUACUACUACAGCAACAACAGGAACAAGAGAAACAGCGACAACAGGCUGUAGCAGAAGAAGAGGCCAGGAGGAUGGAGGAAGAAAGACGUCAAGCAGAGCUUAGAAAGCAGGCGAAGAAAGAGAUGGCAGAAAGGGAGCACACGAUCAAGAAGGAAGUGGUGAAAGUAACGAAAACCGAGCAAAAGAGAAAGGUUUCCUCUUCUUCCUCCUCUGCACUCUCCUCGUCUCAUCUCUUAUCGGAGCUGCAUGCCCUUAGACUGAGGAUGGAUGCUGCCGAGGGUUUGCUUGGUCAGUAUGUUCAUAUAUGCUUCGGAGAGGAUGGGGCUCAAGACUGUGGUCUAAAGAUCACUCAGAUAGAGACAGUACAGGAUGAUAUCGACUUAAUGCGCGAUGAGUACCUACGUAUAAGAGAGCGUAUCUUGAAGGAGUCUGAAAACAUGAGUGAUGUGGAUAAAGCACAGUUCCUUCGCAGUGAGGUUGGAGUGAUCAACCAAAGACUGGGCACCCUGGAGAGCAGCGCAUCUGCUUAUGUACUAAGGCUGCGGGCUCUAAGGGACAUGCUGGAGAGCAUAGCACGAGCUGAGGACAUAGUUAAAGUUCAUGAAGCAAGACUGACAGAAAAAGAGACCACUUCUCUAUCUCCAGCUGAAGUCAGUGAAUACAUGGAGACCCUGAAGAAUAUGAGAGCAGAGUUGGUGCAGAAGAGAGAUAUUCUGACCUCCAUGGAGUCAGAGCUGACCAAGGCAAACCACUGGAACAGUCAGAUGGGCGGCUCCUUCCACAGGUGUGACCUGAUGCUCUCGAAGUUCUCAGAGCAGGUGGGCAUGCUAUCCGACCGCUGGAGACGAAUCCAGGCACAGAUUGACACCAGACUGCAGGACUUGCAGCAGUAUCUGCCUCAGUUGCAGCACUAUAAGCAAACCAGCACUUCCAUCAUCGAAUGGAUUGAUGCCACACGUAGAAAACAGGACGCCCUGCAGGCCACCAAGAUAGAGACCGUUCAAGCACUAAACGACCACAUUAACAACCAAAAGGCCCUGAACAUGGAAAUCAAGGCAAAGCGGGAGACGGUAGAGAGUGUGCUGAAAGACAACGAGGCAUGUGUGAAUACUAUCAAGGACUAUGAAACUGACCUCAACUCCUACACAUCUGGGUUGGAAACACUGCUCAGUAUCCCCAUCAAGAGGACAAUGCUUAAGUCACCGUCAAUGGAGCUUAACCAAGAGGCUAUACACCUUCAAACUCGUUACAUGGAGCUGCUGACUCUGUCUGGUGACUACUACAAAUUUCUGGGAGAGUCACUCAAAAACAUGGAGCAGCUUAAGAUACGCAACACCCGGAUAGAUCUGCUCGAAGAGGAACUCCGCAGGCUAAAAGAUGAUAUGCAAGAGCGCAAUGACCAAAACAAAUCGCUGGAAGACGCUGUUGCUCAGUUCAAACUGCAGCUUUCACGCUCGCAGGAGCAGUUGCUGUCACUGGAGGAGGUGAAGCAAACAACCGCGCUGCAGUGCAGUGCCACUAAGGACAGUCUAGACAGCACUCAGAGCCAGCUGACUGAUCUCAAGAACGAGGUGGAGCGUCUCAAAUACCUGCUUGGUGAAGAGAAAAGGAAGACAAAGCUGGCAGAGGAGCGCUACACUCAGCAGCAAGAAGAGUAUGAUUCAGUGCUGAGAAAGCGGCAGCAGGAGCUGGAGACGGUCAGCUGGUCCAAGGUGGAAGUGGAGAAGAGCCUGACAAAUAAGGAGCAUGAGAUUGAGAAGCUGCGGCAGCAGCUGGCCGAGGAAUCAGCCAGGUUUAUGGAGCAGCAAAAAGAGAUGUCAAAGGUAAGGAGCCAUUUCAAUACGGAGAUCAAUAGCUUAAAGCUCAGCUACGAAUCCCAGAUCCAGAUCAGUCGCACAGACAUCCAGAGGCUUUCAGCCCAGAGGGACGAGGAUACAGCUCAACUCCAGAUGCAGUAUGACAGGAUGGAGGCAGAGAGGAGGAAUCUGGAAGAUGAACUCAGGAGACUUAGGACUUUUUUCAGUCAGACUGAGGAGCAGAAGAAGAGAGCAGAAGAGGAAGCUUUCAAUCAGCGGGCUAUGCUCAUAGAAGAUGGGCACAGGAGGAGAGAAAUGGAAAGUCAAAUGGAGCUGCUAAUGAAGCAGAGAGAUGAGGAAAAGAAUCAGCAUAAAGAGGAGCUGGCUGAAGUCUUGAAUACCCUACAGGAGAAGAAUGAUCAAUUGGUUUAUGUUACUCACAGUUUAGAGGAGGAGACCCGCAGAAGAAAGACAGCAGAAGAGGGGCAGGUUGUACUUGAGCAGUCUUUAGGCCAGCUCCAGGUGAAGCUGAACAGUUCGUCAAUGGCUGCAACUCAGCUGAGCGAGUGCCAGGAGGAGCUUCUUCAGACACGCUCACAGCUGGAAAGAGAGAACAAGGAGCGAUGCAGAAUGGAGCAGAACAUGAGCAGGUUGCAGGGACGCAUCAAAGACCUGCAGGCUGUGAGAGAUAGCCUUGAAGGUCAGGUUGAGAACCUGAGGAAAGCACAUCAAGAGGAGGUGAGCAGGAGGACGCUGGUGGAAGGAGAACUAGAAAAGACCACUGUGACCAUGACAGAGUACACAAGCACCAUUACUACACUGCUCCAGAGCCAAGAACAGGCCAGCACAUCACAAAAGAGAAGUGAAGAAGAGCACCUUCAGCUAAAAGUUGAGCUUGAGAAAACCAUUAGAGAAAACCAGAUCUGCUCAGACAGAAACACUCAGCUAAGUGCUGAGCUGAAAAACCUAAAGGAGCAACUUCUGCAGGAAAAAUCCCAAGCCAAGGAAGCAAACCUGAGAAAUGAGGUUCUUUACAAAACUAUCGGGGAGAAGACUAAGGCACUCAACGAGAGCUCUGCUGAGCUACAGAGGCUGAAGGAGGUGAUAGAAACACAGACCAGAGAACGGCUGAGGAUGGAGGAGGAGCUAAGGGCAGUGCGACAGGAAAAAGAAGAAGUCUUGAAAUCCAAAAAGGGAAUUGAUGAUGAGCUCUCCUCGCAAAUUACUGCCCUGGAACUACAGCUGCAAGCCAGUGAGCGCAGCAAUGCCGAGCACCGCAACCUGGUGUCAGAACUGUCCUCUGAGCGUGAGAAACUGAAGCUGGAGGCUGAAAAAAUAGAAAAGCAGGUCACAGAGACAAGAAUAACGAUCCAGUCCCUCCAGUCCAAGUACAAUGAGAUUGUAAGUGAGAGAGACUCUCUGUUGCAGAAAUUGCAGCGGUUGGAAUUGGACAAGGAGCAAAUGCAAAGACAAGAGGAAGAACUGAACCGCUUAAAACUGUCUCUGGAGUCCGAGUUUCGCAACAAGCAACGUCUACAAGAGGAGAAUGAGCGGGUGAAGAGAGAUUUGAGUUAUUGGAAGGAUCAAUGUGAUGGCAAACAAAGUUUGAUUAGACAAUAUGACACAGACAAGGAUAUUCUUGAGAGGGAGAAGAAAUCCUUAAAAAGUGAGAUAGAGAAGUUGAUGAAAGAACUCAGGGAACUUGAGGAGAAAUAUAAAAGCAGACUGGUACUCCUUCAAAAGCAACUGCAAGACAUGACAGUUGUUAGACAGACCAUGGAAACAGAGAUAAAACAAACUAGAGAGCCUCCAACCCCAGAUACUGCUGUGGUUUUUGAUGGAGUCCGCAAGCCAGUCACAGCAAAGCAAUUACUUGAGUGUGGAAUUUUAGACAAACCAACAUAUAACCAACUUGUGAAGGGACAUAAGACCAUUCCAGAAGUGUCCUCUGAGAAAAAAGUCCCUCUUAAAGGCACAGGGCCAAUCGCUGGGGUGAUAAUUGAAAGUCCAAGGAGUCCAGGGUCUAACAAAAAGCCAAUUUGCAAACUGACAUUUACUGAAGCCAAGAAAGAAAAUCUCUUACCACUAGAUAGCAUAGACUUGCUUCUUGAUGCGCAAGCUGCUACAGGGCACAUCAUUGACCCAAGAACCAAUCAGAAGCUAACAGUUGAAGAAGCAUAUAAUCAAGGAGUAGUUGAUGAGGAGGACAGAGAGAGGUUGCUGGCAGCAGAAGCAGCAGCUGUAGGAUACAGUGGACCUGGUUCAAACAAACCACUGUCAGUAUUUCAGGCCAUGAAAAAGGGACUUACUGACAAAACCACAACUCUGCGUCUCCUACAAGCCCAGGAGUCUGUUGGCGGUAUUUUAGAUCCUAUACUCAGUGUGUUUCUUCCUAGAGACACUGCCACCGAGCGUGAUCUUAUCAAUGAUGAUAUUUGUUAUGCUCUUAGUCAGAGGCCGGAGGUCUACCUAGACCCAGAAACUGAAAAAGGUGUGACCUACAUGGCGAUGAAACGCCGAUGUAAAAUAGAGCCACAUACAGGUCUUCUUCUUCUCCCUAUUCCUGAGAAAGUGGAUCCCUCUAACCUCGUGUUUGACGGCGUUCGGAAACCUGUCACUGCCAAGCAUCUGCUUGAUUGCGGUGUUCUUGACAAGCAAACAUUUAAAGACCUAGAAAAUGGGAAGAAAACAGUACCUGAGGUAUCUGUGGACAAAAAUAUUAACCUAAAGGGUACUGGGCCCAUAGCUGGUGUUUUAGUAGGCGGUCGCCGUAAAAUGUCUUUAACGGAAGCAAAAAAACAAAUGCUACUGCCCGAUGAAUGUGCAGAUUUGCUACUAGAAGCUCAAGCUGCUACAGGUCACAUAAUUGACCCAAAGGCCAACAAAAAGUUGACAGUUGAAGAGGCUUCUGCAAAAGGGUUGGUGGACAGUAAUGACCUGGACAGAUUAUUGGCAUCAGAAGCUGCAGCAAUUGGCUAUAAGGAUCCUAGCACACCCAAGCCUAUCUCAGUUUUUCAGGCCAUGAAGAAGGGACUUAUAGAUAAUGAGAAUGGGUUACGACUGCUGCAGGCUCAAGAGUCAGUCGGAGGAAUCCUAGAUCCUAUUCUUAGUGUAUUCCUACCAAGAGACACAGCUAUUAAGCGCAAACUUUUAGAUGAAAAUCUGUGUCAAGCUUUAAACCAGAGUCCUGAAUGUUAUAUUGACCCCGAGACAGAGCAACAUAUCAGCUAUCAAGCACUGAAAGAAAGUUGUAAGAUAGAACCCCACACAGGUUUGUUACUUUUACCCAUCAAUGAAAAGUUAGACCCUUCCAAAUUGAUCUUUGAUGGUGUAAGAAAGCCUGUCACAGCAAAGCAGUUGUUUGAUUGUGGAGUCCUGGACAAACCAACUUACAACAAACUAAUAAAGGGAGAUAAAACUGUUCCAGAGGUGUCGCUGGAAAAAAAGAUAUUUCUAAAAGGAACAGGAUCCAUUGCUGGUGUCACAGUUGGAUCUCUGGGGAAAAUGUCUUUGUCACAGGCCAAGACACAGAUGCUAAUGCCCCCAGAGAGUGCAGAUGUGCUGCUGGAAGCUCAGGCUGCCACCGGUCACAUCAUUGACCCAAUGUCCAAUCAAAAACUGACUGUAGACGAGGCCUGUGCAAGGAGAGUAGUGGACAGAUGUGAUCGAGAUAGACUCUUAGCAGCAGAAGCUGCUGCUGUUGGAUACAAGGAUCCUCACACAGGUCAACCUCUAUCAGUAUUUGAGGCAGUAAAGAAAGGAUUAAUUGACAAAAAGACUGGGGUGCGAUUGCUGCAGGCCCAGGAAUCUGCAGGAGGUAUUCUUGAUCCAAACCUCAGUGUUUUCCUGCCUAAAGACACAGCAAUAAAGCGCAACCUUUUGGAUCAAGACCUCUGUCGUGUCCUCAGCCAGAAUCCUGAGUGUUACCUCGAUCCAGACACAGAGCGUGAUGCCAGCUAUGGUGCUUUAAAGAAAAAAUGCAAAAAUGAGCCUCACACUGGUCUCCCUUUUCUGCCACUUGCUGAUAGGAAGGAUCCGUCCAAACUGAUGUUUGAUGGUGUCCGCAAGCCAGUCUCUGCACAACAAUUGUUGGACUGUGGUGUCCUUGACAAACCAACAUUUAAUAAGUUGAUCAAAGGGGAGAAAACUGUCCCAGAGGUUUCUGUGGAUAAAAAGAUCUUUCUAAAAGGAACAGGAUCCAUUGCUGGUGUCACAGUUGGAUCUCUAGGGAAAAUGUCGUUGUCAAAUGCCAAGAAACAGAUGCUCAUGCCUUCAGAGAGUGCAGAUCUGUUGCUGGAAGCUCAGGCUGCUACAGGUCAUAUCAUUGAUCCAAUGGCCAAUCAAAAACUGACUGUAGAAGAGGCCUGUGCAAGGAGAGUAGUGGACAAAAGUGAUCAAGAUAAACUCUUAGCAGCAGAAGCUGCCGCUGUUGGAUACAAGGACCCUCACACAGGUCAGUCUUUAUCAGUGUUUGAGGGAAUAAAGAAGGGAUUGAUCGACAAAAAGACUGGAGUACGUUUACUUCAGGCCCAGGAAUCUGCAGGGGGUAUUCUUGAUCCAAACCUCAGUGUUUUCCUGCCUAAAGACACAGCACUGAAGCGCAACCUUUUGGAUGAAGACCUAUACCGUGCCCUCAGCCAGAAUCCUGAGUGUUACCUUGAUCCAGACACAGAGCGUGAUGCCAGCUAUGGUGCCAUUAAGAAGAAAUGCAAAACAGAGCCUCAAACUGGUCUCGCUCUUCUGCCACUUGCUGAUAGGAAGGAUCCAUCCAAACUGAUCUUUGAUGGUGUUCGCAAGCCAGUCUCUGCACAGGAAUUGUUGGACUGUGGUGUCCUUGACAAACCAACAUUUAAUAAGUUGAUCAAAGGGGAGAAAACUGUCCCAGAGGUUUCUGUGGAUAAAAAGAUAUUUCUAAAAGGAACAGGAUCGAUUGCUGGUGUCACAGUUGGAUCUCAAGGAAAAAUGUCUUUGUCAAAUGCCAAGAAACAGAUGCUCAUGCCUUCAGAGAGUGCAGAUCUGUUGCUGGAAGCUCAGGCUGCUACAGGCCACAUUAUUGACCCAAUGUCCAAUCAGAAAUUGACCGUAGAAGAGGCCUGUGCGAGGGGAGUGGUGGACAAAAGUGAUCAAGAUAAACUCUUAGCAGCAGAAGCUGCCGCUGUUGGAUACAAGGAUCCUCACACAGGUCAAUCUUUGUCAGUGUUUGAGGCAGUAAAAAAGGGAUUAAUUGACAAAAAGACUGGAGUACGUUUGUUGCAAGCCCAGGAAUCUGCAGGGGGUAUUCUUGAUCCAAACCUCAGUGUUUUCUUGCCUAAAGAAACUGCUCUGAAACGCAACCUUUUGGAUGAAGACCUCUAUCGUGUCCUCAACCAGAAUCCAAACUGUUACCUUGAUCCAGACACAGAGCGUGAUGCCAGCUAUGGUGCUUUAAAGAAAAAAUGCAAAAAUGAGCCUCACACUGGUCUCGCUCUUCUGCCACUUGCUGAUAGGAAGGAUCCAUCCAAACUGAUGUUUGAUGGUGUCCGCAAGCCAGUCUCUGCACAACAAUUGUUGGACUGUGGUGUCCUUGACAAACCAACAUUUAAUAAGUUGAUCAGAGGGGAGAAAACUGUCCCAGAGGUUUCUGUGGAUAAAAAGAUCUUUCUAAAAGGAACAGGAUCCAUUGCUGGUGUCACAGUUGGAUCUCUAGGGAAAAUGUCGUUGUCAAAUGCCAAGAAACAGAUGCUCAUGCCUUCAGAGAGUGCAGAUCUGUUGCUGGAAGCUCAGGCUGCUACAGGUCAUAUCAUUGAUCCAAUGGCCAAUCAAAAACUGACUGUAGAAGAGGCCUGUGCAAGGAGAGUAGUGGACAAAAGUGAUCAAGAUAAACUCUUAGCAGCAGAAGCUGCCGCUGUUGGAUACAAGGACCCUCACACAGGUCAGUCUUUAUCAGUGUUUGAGGGAAUAAAGAAGGGAUUGAUUGACAAAAAGACUGGGGUACGUUUACUUCAGGCCCAGGAAUCUGCAGGGGGUAUUCUUGAUCCAAACCUCAGUGUUUUCCUGCCUAAAGAAACAGCACUGAAGCGCAACCUUUUGGAUGAAGACCUAUACCGUGCCCUCAGCCAGAAUCCUGAGUGUUACCUUGAUCCAGACACAGAACGUGAUGCCAGCUAUGGUGCCAUUAAGAAGAAAUGCAAAACAGAGCCUCAAACUGGUCUCGCUCUUCUGCCACUUGCUGAUAGGAAGGAUCCAUCCAAACUGAUCUUUGAUGGUGUUCGCAAGCCAGUCUCUGCACAGGAAUUGUUGGACUGUGGUGUCCUUGACAAACCAACAUUUAAUAAGUUGAUCAAAGGGGAGAAAACUGUCCCAGAGGUUUCUGUGGAUAAAAAGAUCUUUCUAAAAGGAACAGGAUCAAUUGCUGGUGUCACAGUUGGAUCUCAAGGAAAAAUGUCUUUGUCAAAUGCCAAGAAACAGAUGCUUAUGCCUGCAGCAAGUGCAUAUUUGCUUCUUGAAGCCCAGGCUGCUACAGGCCACAUUAUUGACCCAAUGUCCAAUCAGAAAUUGACUGUAGAAGAGGCCUGUGCGAGGGGAGUGGUGGACAAAAGUGAUCAAGAUAAACUCUUAGCAGCAGAAGCUGCCGCUGUUGGAUACAAGGAUCCUCACACAGGUCAAACUUUGUCAGUGUUUGAGGCAGUAAAACAGGGAUUAAUUGACAAAAAGACUGGAGUACGUUUGUUGCAAGCCCAGGAAUCUGCAGGGGGUAUUCUUGAUCCAAACCUCAGUGUUUUCCUGCCUAAAGAAACUGCUCUGAAACGCAACCUUUUGGACGAAGACCUCUAUCGUGUCCUCAACCAGAAUCCAAACUGUUACCUUGAUCCAGACACAGAGCGUGAUGCCAGCUAUGGUGCUUUAAAGAAAAAAUGCAAAAAUGAGCCUCACACUGGUCUCGCUCUUCUGCCACUUGCUGAUAGGAAGGAUCCGUCCAAACUGAUGUUUGAUGGUGUGCGCAAGCCAGUCUCUGCACAACAAUUGUUGGACUGUGGUGUCCUUGACAAACCAACAUUCAACAAAUUGAUCAAAGGGGAGAAAACUGUUGCAGAGGUUUCUGUGGAUAAAAAGGUAUUUCUAAAAGGAACAGGAUCAAUUGCUGGAGUCACAGGGGGAUCUCGAGGAAAAAUAUCUUUGUCAAAUGCCAAAAAACAAAUGCUUAUGCCCCCAGAGAGUGCAGAUUUGCUUCUUGAAGCUCAGGCUGCCACUGGUAAGAUAAUUGACCCAAUGUCCAAUCAGAAAUUGACUGUAGAAGAGGCCUGUGCAAAGGGAGUGGUGGACAGAAGUGAUCGAGAUAAACUCUUAGCAGCAGAAGCUGCUGCUAUUGGAUACAGGGAUCCAAACACAGGUCAAUCUUUAUCAGUGUUUGAGGCAAUAAAGAAGGGUUUAAUUGACAAAAAGACUGGAGUACGUUUACUUCAGGCUCAGGAGUCUGCAGGAGGUAUUCUUGACCCAAACCUCAGUGUUUUCCUGCCUAAAGAAACUGCUUUGAAACGCAACCUAUUGGAUGAAGACCUUCUUCGUGCACUCAACCAAAAUCCAAACUGUUACCUUGACCCUGACACGGAGCGUGAUAUCAGCUAUGGAUCACUAAAGAAAAGAUGCAAAAUAGAACCUCACACUGCUCUUGUACUUUUGCCAUUUACUGAGAGAAACGAUCCCUCUAAACUAAUAUUUGAUGGUGUCCGCAAGCCAGUUUCAGCCCAGCAAUUGUUGGAAUGUGGUGUCAUUGAUCAAGCAACAUUUAACAAGUUGAUCAAAGGAGAGAAAACAGUUUCAGAGGUAUCUGUGGAUAAGAAGGUUUAUUUGAAGGGGACUGGGCCUAUUGGUGGAGUUUUAGCUGGCCGUCAAGGCAAGAUUUCCUUUUCAGAAGCUAAGAAACAGAAGAUCAUUUCAGAAGACAGUGCAGAUUUACUGUUGGAAGCCCAGGCUGCCACAGGUCACAUCAUUGACCCUAAAACUGAACAGAAAUUCACAGUAGAGGUGGCAUGUAUCAAAGGAGUGGUGGAUUUUAAAGAUCAAAGCAGACUCUUAGCAGCUGAAAGUGCUGCUGUUGGCUAUAAGGAUCCUAGUUCAGGAAAGAUAAUUUCAUUGUUUGAGGCCAUGAAAAAAGGAAUAAUUAAUGAAAAGACUGGAUUACGUCUUUUACAAGCCCAAGAUUCAGUUGGAGGAAUUCUAGACCCCAAUCUUAGUGUUUUUCUACCAAAAGACACAGCUAUCAAGCGCAACCUGCUCGAUGAAAAACUAAUCAAUGCUCUAAAACAGAAUCCUGCUUGUUAUCUCAACCCAGAAACUGAGGACAAUGCCAGCUAUGGGGCUCUGAAGGCAAAAUGUAACACAAACACUCACACAAGCUUACAUAUUUUUCCAGUAUCAGAGAAGUGUGACCCCUCUAAAAUAUUAUUUGAUGGUGUACACAAGACAGUCACAGCACAGCAGCUACUGGAUUGUGGAGUUCUGGACAAGGAAACUUUUGAUCAACUAAUGAAAGGGAAGAAAACUGUCUCAGAGGUUUCUGUGGAUAUUAAGAUAUUUUUAAAAGGGACAGGACCAAUUGCUGGUGUAGCUGCUGGGUCUGUUGAAAAAAUGUCAUUCACGGAAGCAAAGAAACAGAAAAUCAUGUCGUCUGACAGUGCUAACAAGCUUCUUCUUGCCCAGGCAGCCACAGGUCACAUCAUUGACCCUAGAACAAAUAAGAAACUUACAGUAAAGGAAGCAUUUGCCAGAGGAUUAGUCGAUAAAGAAGAUGAAUCAAUGUUGUUUGCAGCUGAAGCUGCUGCUAUCGGGUAUCGAGAUCCAGAUACUGGCAAGGUUUUGUCAGCUGCCCAAGCCAUGAGAAAGGGAAUAAUUGACAAAGAUACUGCACUGUCUCUCCUUCAGGCUCAAGAGUCUGUUGGUGGAAUUUUGGACCCUAGUCUCAGUGUUUUUCUACCCAAAGACAUCGCAAGGAAACGGGGUCUUAUUGAUGAGGACCUGUAUCAGGCAUUGAAUCAGUCUCCUGAGUGUUAUCUAGACCCAGAUACUCAACAACCAACUCCAUAUAUAUCACUGAAGAAAAAAUGCAAAUCUGAUCCCAGCACUGGUCUUUUGCUUCUCCCUAAACCUAAACAGUCACUAACUAUAAGGGGACUUAGAAACGAGGUGUCUGUCAAAGAUCUGGUCAAUGCAAACCUGCUAACCAGAUCUGAUGUGGACCAACUUAACGCAGGUAAACUUACAAGCCAAGACAUUGAGAAUCGCCUGCGGUCAUACCUAGGAGGCUCCACUUGCAUAGCAGGAGUUUAUGAUGAAGCCAGUGAUAAAGUGAUGUCAAUCUAUCAGGCUAUGGAUAAUAAUCUUUUGCGACGUGGUACCACUCUAGAACUGCUCGAAGCCCAAGCCGCAUCAGGUUUUAUGAUUGAUCCUAUCAAUAAUCUCUUUCUGACUGUUGCUGAAGCCUACAAUAGGAGACUUUUUGGGCCAGAAUUUAAGGAGAAACUGCUUUCAGCAGAAAAGGCUGUCACUGGUUACAAAAUGCCUGGAACAGACAAGAUAAUAUCCCUCUUUCAGGCCAUAGAGAAUAAUCUAGUGGAGAAGGGUCAUGGUAUUCGUCUGUUAGAGGCCCAGAUUGCCAGCGGAGGCAUCAUCGAUCCCCAGCACAGCCACCGUAUUGAUGUGAAUGUUGCCUACAAGAGAGGCUAUUUUAAUGAGGAAAUGAAUAAGAUCCUGACUGAUGAGAGUGAUGACACUAAAGGUUUCUUUGACCCCAACACGGAGGAAAACCUAACCUAUCUGGAACUUAAAAAACGCUGCAUCAUAGAUAAGAAAACUGGACUUGUUCUGUUACCAAUCAUUGACAAGAACAAGCAGGAGUCAAGCCAAAAGAACACUGUACGGAAGAGGAGAGUAAUAAUUGUGGAUCCAGAGACUGGUAAAGAGAUGACAGUACGUGAAGCGUACCAAAAAGGGUACAUUGAUCGUGAUACCUACCUGGAGUUGUCAGAGCAGGAGUGUGAGUGGGAAGAGAUCACUAUUACCGCUCCAGAUGGUUCCAUACGACUUGUUAUCAUUGAUAGGUCAACUGGAAGACAGUAUGACAUCAAUGACUUGCUUGAAAAUCAAAUCAUUGAUCAAUCUAUCUUGGAGCAGUAUCGUUCACAUUCCAUCACCCUCACUCAAUUUGCAGAUAUCAUCAGUAAUAAGACUGCACAUGACUCAGCAUCAUUAUCAUCAUCAAAACUGAUCCCAGAACCAUCAGGGAAAUCAUCAGUUACAUCAUCAUCAAUGACAUCAACUUCAAGAACUUCAACAUCUUUAAACUCAUCUUCAGGAACAUUGUCAACAUCAAUAAUAUCAGAAAACUCUACUCCGGCAUCAUUUCAAUCAUCUUUCUCAUCCUCUUCUUCAUCAGCUGGUGUAUCGAGACCUUUAUCUCCUACCUUCACCAAAACAACUACAACAAAAACUACCACAAUUAUAGAGAGAGGCUUCUCAUCCAGCACUGUUGCUGAAGAUUUGUCAGACUCCCAAAGGCGUUUAUCCAGCGUAUCUAUCACUCUGUCCCCUCCUCUCCAAGCAGUUGGUGAGGUGGAACCGGUAGGCGCCAUUUUUGACACAGAGGUAUUAGAGAAGAUUUCUGUCACAGAGGCUUUAAAUCGGGGUCUAGUAGAUUCUAUCACAGCACAGAGAUUGCUUGAGGCCCAAGCUUGCACCGGAGGAAUUGUCAAUCCCACAAAUGGCAAAAGACUCAGCAUCCAAGAGGCUUCCCGCGUAGGUUUAAUAGCUAACGACAUGGUCACCAAACUCAAGCCUGCUCAGAAAGCCUAUUUUGGAUUUGAGGAUAUAAAAAUCAAUAGGAAGUUGUCCGCUGCUCAAGCCAUGAAGGAAAUGUGGUUGCCAUAUGAAGCAGGGCAGAGGUUUCUGGAGUUUCAGGUUGCAACAGGUGGGCUUUAUGACCCAGAGAAGGGCUGUAGAAGAAGCAUCGAGGAUGCUUUGACAAUGGGCUGGCUGGAUGUGAGAGCGGCACAAAAGCUCCAGGACAUCAAACUCCAUACAAAAAUUCUGACAUGUCCCAAAAGCAAACUUAGAAUUUCUUACAAAGAGGCGCUUGAUAACUGUCUUGUUGAGGAUGGAACUGGGGUGAAAAUGCUUCAGGCAUCAUCUGUAUCUUCUAGAGGUAUCAGCAGUCCAUACAACGUUGCUUCAGCCCCAGGAUCCAAGACGGGGUCCAGGAGUGGCUCACAAAGGGGCUCGCGCAGAAGCAGCUUGGACCUGGGCUCCUCAUUAACACCACACAGUUUUUCUAGCUUCACCAGCUUUUCAUCUACUAAAUAACUCCAAAAAAUGCAAAAGGCUUUUACUUGCAUCUGCUUUUCUUAGAAACUAGAGAUUAUUUUCAGAAUAUUGUCAUUGUGUGGGAAUUUGCUUAACAUUUUCUUUGUGUGCCAAAAAAGUUGUUAAAUUUCUUAAAGUUUUAGCUUUGAUUUUGCUUUACUUUAAGUGCUUCAAGUAAAACAGAUAUGAAGAAUACUUACAAGAAUAGUUUUGUGACACUAAAAAGUAUUGAGAGACACCUUAAGGUAUUUAGAGAGAAAAUAAAGUUCUUAUGGUAAUUAUUCAUAUUCUUAAAAUAAUACUUCAAAUUAUUGUCAACUUUGUGUUGCAUGCAGCGUUUAAAAAAUAUUUUUCACAAAAUUUAAUAGAAUACAAUUGUACUCUCAGUUUGUUUUAUUGCCUUUGUUGGCUUUUGUUUCAUCAAUCAUCAAAAUAUGAUCUGUUUUUGCUUCCUGGAGAAUAUGUACUUAGUUGGGUGAUGUUAUUGGGUAAAUGGUUCCUUUUCAUUAAACAACGUGUUUAAAGGGUUCUCUUCUGAUUAGUACAAUAUACACUGUUUAAUUUGUUUCCAUCAUUAAAUAAAAACAGAGUUUUUUUACUCUAGUGGAUUAUAAACUA